AUGAAUCAGAGUUUGACGAGAUUUUUCACCGAUACAUUUUUUCUCAUCUGCAUUCUAUACGCUACGAACAUCAAAGCUCAAUUUCGCUUUUCACCAUCCGAUCGAUCGAACGAGAAAAAUCCAACACUGACAUAUUCUUCAUCUGACGGGCGUCAAACGGUUCCCCGUGGAGUCUUUCACUACAGUAACAUUGAGAACAAUUUUGGAGCCAACUACAAGCUUCCCUCCACCGAACAAAUAAAUCCUCUCCAAAUGAUUUCUGAUUUGAUGAACACAGCUGUGAAUGCCGAACAAAAAACGAAACAACUUUCCGGGGCUUAUCUUCCAAUGCCUUUUGGAUUGAGUCCCCUCAAUUUACAGAUCUCACAAGAUGGCUCAACGGGAAUCUCGUCAAGAAAGAGUACUCAAAAAGUUGAUGAACAGAAACCAUCAACAUCAGCCAUUGAUAACAACCCACAAAUAAGACGACUCUUCUUGAAUGCGAGAACGGUGUGUUUGCAUGAAGGGAAAAGUGAAUGUGAUGCGGCUCUCGAACACUAUGAGAGAGCCCGUUUGGGGAAAUCUCCAUUGGAUACAAGGCUUAACUCUCAAAGAGCUUCUCCCGAUGAUCCUGUUGAUUAUGUCCAGACAGAGAUGGCAAAAUGGUUACUGCCGAGUCUGCGAGAUCGAUUGGAAACAAUAAAAACUGAAGAAAGUACAUCAAGAUCAUCAAGAAAACGAAAAAGCCAGGAAAGUGAUGAAGUUGUAGAAGGUAAAUCAUUGGAAAGAAAUGUUGAGAGAAAAACGAGAAGAAAUCCAUUUGGAAACAUUCAAUGGAACUCUCCAAACUCUCCCCGAAUUCAUCGAUUA